CGUGUGACGCACCCGGAAGUGUUUGGGCAUCACCAGGUGUGUCUAGCAGCAGAGGCUAACAGCUUACUCCAGGUAAAGCAGACCCAGAGAGGUCAGGACAGGUGAAGACAAGCUGGUAGCAAUGAGUCCGGUAAUCUCAUUGCUACCAUACUAACCAGCUACUGACCAGCUACUAACCAGCUAGCUAAAAAGCUGGCAGCUGCUACCCGUUAGCUUCUGCUGUUCUCCACCUUCAUCAGGGCUGCGUCCCGUGGAUGGAAGUGUGCCGCUCGGCGAUGGGACCAGAGCGAGUGCUGCCGAGCUCAGAGGACGAGCUGGGGGAGGACGAGCGACCGGUGGACGGGGCGGUGCUGCCUGGGGGGCAGGACGGGGUGGAGGAAGAGGAGGAGGAGGAGGAGGAGGAGAGCGGCGGAGGAUACUACUACCAGCCUCUGAACCAGGACCCGGACGGACCCGGGGAGCCGGAGGACGAGGACAGGGGGGACACGUCCCACUCGGAGCAGCUGCAGGAGCUGCAGCACAGGAUAGAGGUGAUGGGUCUGCACCUACCUGAAGCUCCGCCCCCAGACAGCGACGAGGAGGACCCGGAGGGCGCAGCGGCGCAGAGGAGCCGCGCGUCCAUCCCCAUGGAUCCAGCCCAUGUGGAGCUGGUGAAGAGGACGAUGGCGGGCGUGGCGCUGCCCUCGCUCGGCGUGCCGCCCUGGGCGCAGCAGAUCUCCGACGCCCAGUGGAGCGAUCUGGUCCAGAACGCGCUGCAGGAGCGCCAGAGUUCUGCCGGGCUGCGGAUGCUGCGCCGGAACCACGUUCCCUGAACGCACCGCCAUCCCUACAGGACCCUGAACGCACCGCCAGCAGCUGAAGCCUGGGCCGCUCCUGAUUCUGAUCCGACCCAGAUAACUAAUGUUUACUGACUCUUUCUUCUUCUGUGGUUUAGUCUGGACCAGCUUCCUUCCCGUCUCUUUGCUCUCAUGUUUCCUGUUGUGUGUAGAAACAGGAAGUGGUCAGACAUGUGGGCGGGAUCUGCUUUAUUUCUGCUGUACAUGAACAUCUGUACAAAUCACCCUGUGAUGCUCAAUAAACAUCUGGAACAGC